UCAAAGGCGGUCAACAGCCCUUAUAUCACCAUAGCAUUAAUUUCAUUGACAUUUCGUUAAGGUGGCAGAGCGCAAGCUGACGUUCUGUUUCUAUUUUGGCAUAAAAGCCUUAUCUGCUGUUCAGAUAGCCACGUCAUUUACACUGUCGGAUAUCUUUAUCUGUUACCGCUUUGCGUAAGCACAUUCUUUCCCACCGGGAAGAACAUGUUGGACUGAGGCAGUUACAGCCCAGCGAGGCCACCUUAAACCACAUGCUGACAUAACAAGAACGCUACUCUCCACCCAUAUCCGAGAAGAGAUCGGUAAGAGGUGUCUCACCUUCCCGGCUAGGCUUUUACCAAGAAAGACACCGGUGUACCAACGGCACGCGACAGGCGUAGGACAUAACCGCAGAUCCUUAUUGGCCAGGAGUCCCGAGGUCUAGUGCGUAAAGGCGCGCGCUGGACACGCACGAGGCUGUCAGAGGAUUACUGAGAAAAAUCUUGUGGAUAUUGAAGUGUUUGGAUUUAUGUAAGAGUUCGAUCACUGUCUGGGUUUAUUUUACAUGCCAAAGCUGGGGGAACAGACUGGAACACAACAGACUUAUACGCGAAACUUCACAGUUUUCGCAACAAUAACUGGUUAUCGGAUGGACCAGCAUCCCAGCGCCCGGAGCUGCACCAGUCGCGGGGCUUCCUCCUGCGAGGCUGUCCCGACUGAGCCCUCCAUGAAUCUGUACAUUCACUCCACCACCGGCACACGCUUCGAGCUCUCUUUGCCCUUGGAGGAGACCGUGGAGGGACUGAAGAGGAGGCUGUCGCAAAGACUAAAAGUACCAAAGGAGAGACUGGCUCUUCUGCACAAAGAAACGCGACUAAGUUCAGGCAAACUCCAGGACCUAGGCAUCUCUGAUGGGAGCAAGUUAACAAUUGUACCAACAGUUGAAGCAGGAUUAAUGUCUCAAGCAUCCAGACCCGAACAGUCAGUAAUGCAAGCCUUGGAGAGCCUAACAGAAACUCAGGUCAGUGACUUCCUGUCUGGCCGCUCCCCACUCACCUUGGCACUGCGUGUAGGUGACCACAUGAUGUUCGUCCAACUCCAGCUGGCGGCACAGCAGUCCGGCGGUCCCCAGCUCCAGCACAGACACCUCAUCACCCGGAGCAGCGCAGAGACUGCAACGGGACAGCCCACAGGGCAGCCCCGUGUCCCCCACCCUCACCCACAUUCCCACCAUCACCCCCAUCAUCCACACAGUCACCCCAUCCCCCACGUGUCCCAGCCACACCCUGUACCUUUGUCCCCCUCUUCUCCAAGCUCCCCUUCCUUCUCCCUGCCCUCCACGCACCACCAGCCGCUACUUCCCAUGUACCACCAGUCACCCCCCUCCACUCACUGUAGCUCCCCUACUCUUCCGCCCCACUCCCCUUGCCCAUCCCACAUCCCUGGAGGUCUUUUCCGCUCUCCAGCCCAUCACCAUCAUCAUCACCACCACCACUAUCACCAGCCUUCCUCAGGCCAACCCAGCCAUGACAUAGGCCAGGCCAACCCUGUAGCCCCUGUCCUCUGCCCUGAGGCAAACUGCAGCACCAACAGCCCUAACAGUGGCACCAGUCCCUCACCACGCUCCCGUAAACCCGGUGCCAUCAUUGAGAGCUUUGUCAACCAUGCUCCGGGAGUUUUCUCAGGGACUUUUUCAGGCACUUUGCACCCUAACUGCCAGGACAGCAAUGGGCGCCCCAGACGAGAUAUCAGUACCAUCCUGCAGAUUCUCAAUGACCUGCUAAGCGCCACACGUCACUACCAGGGCAUGCCCCCCUCCCUCACCCAGCUCCGCUACCAGACCCAGUACGGUUCUCCCACCUCCCCGUCCCCUUCACCACCUCCUUCACCCCCAGUUUCUGGCAUGACGGCCCUCUCUGCCAAAGCUACCUCUGUGCCUGCUGGAAGUCCUAGCAGCCCUCCGCCGACUCUACAUCCACUGGUGCAGUGCCAGAGUCAGAUCCGCAUGUGCAAACCCCCUGGUGACCGUAUGCGCCAGACCGAGAACCGUGCAACUCGCUGUAAGGUGGAACGUCUGCAGCUGCUUAUGCAGCAGAAGCGCCUGCGCAGGAAGGCCAGGAGGGACCAGCGUGCUCCUUAUCAGUGGCUGCCCAACCGCAAGGCAGGACGCAGCAACAGCAACAGCAGCAUGUCCAGCGAGGGCUCCCUUGACCUGGACUUUGAUGAUUCGGUGUGGAAGCCCGACGUCAAGGCAGACUUGAAGUCUGAAUUCGUCAUGGCCUGAGCCAUCUGAUCCCUCAUGCUAGGGGUUAGAUUCAAAGAUGUGCAAAGCAUUGCUUGGGAUUUACUUAGCGAUAUCUCUGAGGGAGUUGACUGGCAGGAGAUGACACAAAACUGGUCAAAAACAGAAUUUGUCCUUGUGACUGGCAUCUGUCAUAUGAAAAAAAGACUCCCUGCAGACUUUAAUCCCAUAUUGUCCUUCAAAGAUGACCUUGUGAACAGCAACGAUAGCAGCAGAACUUCCUUGUGAUGCUUUGACUCGGACAGGCAACAACCGGACUUAACAAUGUACAAGACUUUGUAGGGUAUGACCACAGAGACCAUACCUGAACUUGAGCAUAGCAGAAUUCAGUGGGUGGUGGUGGUAUUUUCAGAUUUUGUUUUGAAGGUUGUUUUUUUUUUUUUUUCAAGCACACUCUGGACAGCAAUGAAGAGAUCCACUGGCCUCAGUGUUUCCUAACCACAAGAAAGGCAGAACUGCAGAACUAUGGAUGAUUAUCCAAUGGGCAUUCUUUAUCAAUCUCAAGCAGAGAGCCAACCAGAGUACAGUUUUUACCUGUUAUGGGGUGGUUAUACUUGUUUUUCUGUUUUUGUUUUUCAUUUUGAAACAUAUUAUAUUUUAUAAACAAUAAUAUGUAGCAUUGUUCACAAAGCAUUCAGGUUUUCAUAUAACAGUUCAAAAUAGUGGUUGAUUUGCACAUUUUCCUGAUUUAUAACAGCUGGUCACAGUGUGCAAAAAGGUGGAGUUGGGGCCUGAAAUAGAACAAAAAAUGAAUAUGGAAGUAUUGAUAUCAACCUCAGUGACAUAGGGUAUUGAUAGGAAUGACUAAUGAAUAAACAAAAAUGAAUUAAUAUUAACAGAAAGUGCUUUAGAGGAUUUUAAAAUCUUUAAAAUGUAUAUGGAAAAAGCAUAUCUAUUUUUAUUUCUCUUCCUAUCUGCUGUUUUCAAAAAACAGCAGCCCUCUGUGGCUUUAGUCAAGUUGUUGACUACCAACAAAUACAUCCAUUCAGUCAGUCAUUAACUCAUUCAUGAAUUAUAGUCAUCUAGCCACAACAAAUGAUACGCAAAGAUAAUUUUUAUCCCACCCGCCUCAUGUCAUACAGACCUAAAUGGACUUGUUGAGGGUUUGUAUUGGUUUGUGUACAUAAAUGUGAAACUUGGCAAAGGUUUAUGAGGGUGCGUGUAUGUUUGACUUUAGUGUAAAUUGAUUUAGAACAUCUUGUGUUUUGUCUGAGUUGUCUUUUCCUAAAUGAUAGUUUCCCAAAUCAUGAAGAUCAGCUGAACUGCAAUGAAUGCAUGGGUCACUACUUUAGAGCGUAACAGGAUCACAAAACAGGAUUGAUUCUCAGUUCUCGGCCCUACGUCCUUAUGAUAACAACUCUAUUUUUUAUUGGCAAAGAGGGAGAAGAAAUGGAAUCUGUAUCCAGCAUCAUUAUAGUGCCUCCACCAGUACAUCCAUUGACAUAUCAGGUUAGGCCUUUCACAGCUUUGCUGCUACACAUGAGAAUUUCAAAUGGGGAAAAAAAAGGAAAAGUGACUUUUCUUUGCAUGCAGAAGGGUGAUAUUACACAAUUUUUUCUAUUGAUGGAAGAAAAAAGAAACUGGUGCUGUAGGAAUGAAGGUUAACAACAUGCAUGAACUUGUGAAGAAAAUAAACAAUGCUGCUUUUGUUGGUUAGGUUUUUAUAACUUUUAUUUCUCAAUGUUAGAACAACAGUGUCCUGCUAAAGUGUUACAACACAAAACCAAAACAGACAAAGUUAAAUGUGGACUCACAACUUGCUCAGCACUGAACAUUCCUGGUGUGUGACAAUGAAGAUGAUGAUGAGCAAAGAGCAACGGACUCUCUUUCCACUCCCCAAACACUGAUUUUUACCCCCAUGGCACUCAAAGGACCCAGGCAGCCUAGGAACUGUUUUCCUCCAUUCCUCCCAGCCUGAACCAACAACCGAGGCUCACGCGGAUGUAUUCGCAGGGAACCAACAGACCAGUGGAUUUACAGUACUGUCCCUCAGACCUGCUCGAGACGGGAAUCUGGUCUUGUCUCUAUCUAUCUAUCUGUCUGUCUGAUUGAUGACCACCUUACCACAAUUGCACUCCCAGAGAUUGCAGUGAGAGAUUACCUUUUUGGUGAACCUCAUCUUUUUUUUUUUUUAAGUGGCCUUACCUUUCACUAAAAAAAGUGAGACACUUGGGGACAAUGGGGAUUUUUUUUCUCUAAACUUUCUAUGUGUAUCAUUGUCAGUCUUGUUGCCAUCAAGGCGCAAUUUUUGUCACUGAGGACACUGGGCAUCUGUUGUUUAGUGCUUUUAGCUGGUGGAGUCUCUAUUAUGUCAAGGCUUCUGUGCCUUAAAAAUGUUGCCCUUGCAGUGUCAGUGUCAGGUUCAAGCUUGUUUUCAUUGGUUGAUACACAUGACUGUAGUAUUUGCAGCCACGAGGGUCAUAGAUUUUAGGGGUAAAGCUUGUUUGAGUGAAUUGAAUGCUAGUCAAAUGUAGGUGUUGUUCCUCAAAUGCUGUCUUUGUCCCAUUUAUUCACUGUGUUGCCAUGCUUGUUGAUCUUUGUUGUCUGAAACUCACAUCCCUCUUAACUCAGUCCUCCCACCAACAAGCUGCAAAAAAAGCUACAAAUCUGUGUAACUUAUGUUAACUGAAGACGUUUACACCACAGUACUUAGAUGACGAGAAACAGCCCUGAUUCAGUAUAAGAAAGAUCCUCUGAGGACUCCAGACUAGAUGCACUUCCUGUUUCCUUGGAUACAACAUUAUUAAAUGACAAUUCAUCCCCUUCCCCUCCCAAAUAUUUAAUUUUUUUCCUUUUGUAUAUGUAUGAACUAUACUCUGUGUGUGCCUCACUUCUGUGUGAAACUCAAAAAGAUGAAACAAAACAAAAAAGACAAAAGCAUUACAGAGAGGAUUAAAAAAAACAGUAUUUUGGUGGAUCACAUCUUUUAAGUUGCCUGUUCUUUCUUGUAGCCGACUAUUGAAAAUAACAGGAUUCAAGAAUACAAUUUACAAUGUUCUAGCUCUAGACCGGUGUAGCACAUGUGUGACUAUUAAUUUAUGAAACCAAAAUGGUAACUGUGAAUUAUGUAUUUCUUUGUGCAUUUUUUUAAAGCAGGGGAGAAGGUUGUCAGGGCAAGGUGUCAAGCUGAUGCUCAUGUCCGGAAAAAAAAAACAACAACAACUUUGUUUUUGGUGGGAUACAGUGGAAACAACAGCUGUUUCCAAAAAAAAAGAGGAAAAAAAAGGAAAAAAUUGGAAAAAAGGAGAGAAAAACAAAAAUAUGAAUAUAUUUUUUUUUCUUAAGCAAUACAUUUCAGUGUGACUUGUGAUAGAACGUUUUCCUUUUUUUAGG